AUGGCGCCCUUCGUCUUCCAGGGGAACGAUGCGCCACGGGGACCAUCCGGAAAAGGUCGAGACAACCGAGACCGUCGGUCGCGUCCAAGACGCGAUUUCACAUUUCGCUUCCCCCAUACCUCCGAGCGACCUCUGCUGGCGCCGAAGCGAGAAACGACACCAGAGCUUCUGACAGCAGACGAUGAGAAAUUGGCACCAAAAUUCGCGUCUCUUGACGCGUUGAGUGACAGCGAGGAAGCGGAGAUGGACUUCUCGGACUCUUCAGACGAUGAAUCGCGACCUCGAAAACGACGUGCUGUCGCAUCUGACGACAAGGAUGGCGAUUCAAAACCUAAGCCGGCCCCAGCGCCAACCCCAAAAUGGUCCAACCCCGACCCAUAUACAGUCUUGCCGCCGCCCGAUGAGACCACAGGCAAGAAGCUUGAUGUCGUGAAAUUGAUUCGCAAAGCUCGGCUGGCAACCAGCAGUGCGCCAAAGCAGGAAGAUGCGGUGGCCGAGAACCAUGACUUCAUCUCGUUGGGCAAUAUGGAUGGACUAGGACAAGAGGAAGAGGAGGACAAAAGAGAAAGCCCUCCGGCGAAUGCCCCCAGAGGCCCCAAAAGCAUGGCGAACCAGAACCAGACCCAGCCGAGCCAAGAUUCUGCAGUUUUGCAGCGCAAACGAACCCGUGAUGAUGAACCUAAGGGCUUCUCCACAAAGGUCGGAAAACCUAUGUCAAGGUUCCACAGUGAUGGCUCUGUGCUUUAUGCUUGGAAGGCCCUGUCCCCACAAUCUGCUACACCCUGGACUGAUGGAAUGAGUGCUUUGCAUAUGGGCACUCGUCUACAUCAGGAGGUUCUUUCCUUUUAUAAUUGGAUCAAGCCCCAUGACUUUGAACACCUUGUGCGACAGGAUCUCAUCCAGCGGUUGGAGACGGUGUUCAAGGAGAGAUACCCCGGCGUACAAUUGCAUGCUUUUGGUUCGUUUGCCUCGGGGCUAUACCUCCCCAUUGCUGAUGUUGAUUUGGUUCUCAUGUCUCGAGAUUUCACUCGCUCUGGGAAGAGAAACUUUGGCGAAAGACCUGGCCAGAUCUAUGCAUUCAGUGCAUUCAUCAAGAACGCGGGCAUCGCAGUUCCUGGGUCCAUUGAAAGUAUUGCGCACGCUCGUGUGCCCAUUAUAAAAUUCGUGGACAAGGUUACCGGGCUGCGCGUUGACCUGUCUUUUGACAAUGACAGUGGCGUUAAGGCGAACGAGACGUUCAGAAUGUGGAGGGAGCAGUAUCCAGCGAUGCCAGUAAUCGUUUCGGUCAUCAAGCAGUUCUUGCUUAUCCGAGGACUGAAUGAGGUACCGACCGGAGGCCUCGGUGGUUUCUCUAUCACCUGCCUGGUUGCGAGUCUGCUGCAGCAUAUGCCGCGGCGUGAGGAGUUGAAUCUGGGCAAGAUCCUGUUAAACUUCUUUGAUUAUUACGGCAAUAUCUUCCGUUAUGAAGAAGUCGGUAUUCGUAUGAAUCCGCCAAUGUUCUUUAACAAGCAAUUUGGCAACCGGGAUCGUCUCACGAUUGAGGACCCAAACAACCCAGACAAUGACAUCUCGGGCGGAACCAAGGAGAUUGCAUUGGUGUUCCGGACCUUCUCCCAGGCCUUUACCAUAUUGUCUCGGCGUAUGGUUGAGCUGGCGAACUCCGAAGACGCAAAGGGUAGUAUUUUGGGCUCAAUAAUUGCCGCCAACUACGAAGAGUACAUGAUCCAACGAUUCCAACUGCGUGAGGUGUACGAGUCCGCCAGUCGAUUCGACAUCUACCGCAAUCCUCCUCCACCUCCGGUUUCAUCGCCUCCGCAAUAUUCUCAACCGCCUCCGCCUCUGCCUCCUGGUCCACCGCCCACAAUUCGCGCCGCAUAA